CACAUCAUCUCUCCUUUAUAUUUCAUUUCACAUUUCUCAAGAUCUCCCCAUUGACAACAACGACGAACUCAGAGGGAGCCAUAUCAAUCCUCUUCUUCUUCCUCUUCCUCCUGCAUAUUUUUGGUUUUGGUGGCGUUGAGACAUCAUCAUAAUGUCUAGCGCAGGGGAUGUGAAAGACCAAUCAGUGGAAGGAAACCUCACCAAUGAGGCUGAGAAGUCAAUGCCAUCAUCACAGCAGGAGGAGGCUGCUGUAAAGAAGAAGUAUGGAGGGCUCAUGCCAAAGAAACCACCACUCAUUUCCAAGGAUCAUGAGCGAGCAUACUUUGACUCAGCUGACUGGGCUCUUGGAAAGCAAGGUGUUGCGAAGCCAAAGGGACCCCUUGAAGCUCUUCGUCCAAAAUUACAGCCAACACAGCAACAGACGCGUUACAGGAAGUCUCCAAUGACUCCAUCUGAGGGUGGUGAAGAUGGAGGAGCUGCUCAGGCUGAGGGAGGUUCAGGCAAUGAGGCGUAGAGAGAUUAUGUAUGAAACCUCUUGUGUAAGAAUUCUGUUAUAAUCAGAUAUUUGCUGUCCAUUUAAAACAUCAGAAAUAUGGCUUUCACUAAAUCUUACUUGAUCGCAUUACGGCAGCUUUGAAAAUGAUAGUUUAGCCCUUUCGGUCUGGAA